AUGCAUUCUUUUAACCUUGUUCAUAUCAGCGCUCUUCUUGGGCUCUUGGGAGGAACAGCUACCGCUGUCACUAGCAAGGUGGCAAUCCCCCCUGGAGCCCAGAUUGUAGAGAAGCAACCUCUCGAGCUUUUUUGUGAUGGACCCAAUGGGCCAUCCUCAUCCACGACCACUGUCACAAGGACCUUAACCCAUCCCCCUGGUUCAGCAGGCACAGAUGGGCCCAUCCUGAUCAACGGGCCCGUUGAUUUUAGUUGCAUUGGGCAGUUCCCAGGUGAUUUGGCCUCGGGCCAUUAUCCCUGCAGGCAAUGCGCUAAAACCACGAUCACGAGUGACAUUGCCGCCUGUCAGACCCGGCUGCCAGGAGUUGAUGGCGGUAUUCCCACUCUUGUGUUUGUUGUCCCCCAUUGCGAAGCAUGCGAGACUCGUACUACUACGGGCCCCGUACCUUACGUGACUCAAGUUCCUGCAACUGGAGGCGAUGAAAAGGGCACCGUCAUUAUUUGUGAAGGACCAGCAACAACUAGCUCUGCCAAGGUUCCCAGUUCUGGCCCUGAACACUAUAACCCUGGACCGAAGAAUUCCAAGGGCGUCGGUUCUGAACCCAGUGCCUCUUCCGGCGUCAAUGGUCAUGGAAUCAACAUCGGCUCUAAUAGCUCGGCGCCUGGGGGGGUUGGCUCUGGUAUGCCCCAGUCUGGCACCUCUCACAAGGACGCUGACAAGGUUGCAGUUUAUUUCGUUGGCUUCAUGGCAAUGUUUGCUGGCUGGAUUUAA